UAGUAAGUAGCGGUUGCUCGCGCAUGCCCAGUUCUUUCCGCCCGGCCGGUCAAGGAGCGAGGCAGAACCGCCGAAAAAGCCGCCGCCUCGUCGGGUGGCAGGGAAGCUCCGCCGGCGCCGGAGCGGCCCAGCCCUCUCGGCGCCUUCCUCUCGGCGGUUCCUGCCGGCCGCUUCUUCCCUGAGCUCUCUUGCUUGGCAUUCUUCUGGUUGCCAGAAAGAUGGAAAGGAGCAGCACCCUCGCUCGGUAAACGUGCUGGUUGGCUGGCAUUCUGGACCAUGGACUUACUGAGACACCUUCAGGUGUGAAGAUGUCACGCAAUAACAGGGCACUCGUGGUAGACUUUGUUUCCUACAAGCUGUCAGAGAGGGGCCACAGCUGGGAUGAGCUGGAGGAGGACAGCGAGAACAGGACUGAGUUGAGAGACGAGAUGGACAGCGUCCCCAAUGGGAGUCCGUCUUGGCAUCAAAGCACCAGCCCGGUCGUAAAUGGGGCUACUGGACACCCGAGCAUCCUCAGUGAUCUUGAAGACAGCCCAAGGUUGGACGUGAGGCAGACGCUAAGAGAGGCAGGCGAUGAGUUUGAACUGAGGUACCGGAGAGCUUUCAGUGACCUCACAUCCCAGCUCCACAUCACCCCUGGCACAGCAUACCAGAGCUUUGAGCAGGUGGUGAAUGAACUUUUCCGGGACGGGGUGAACUGGGGGAGGAUUGUGGCAUUUUUCUCCUUCGGAGGGGCCCUGUGCGUGGAGAGCGUCGACAAGGAGAUGCGAGUGCUGGUGGGACGGAUUGUCAGCUGGAUGACCACUUACCUGACGGACCACCUGGACCCGUGGAUCCAAGAAAAUGGCGGCUGGGAGAGGUUUGUGGACCUCUACGGGAACGACGCCGCGGCCAAGAGCAGGAAAGGCCAGGAGCGCUUCAACAAGUGGCUGUGGACGGGGGCCACCGUGGCCGGGGUCGUCCUCCUCGGCUCCCUCCUGAGCCGCAAAUAGCCAGAGACGGACUCUCCGCCGCCACCACCCGCCUCGGCCUGUGCUCCGUCGCCGAGGGACACGCUGCGCAUCCUGUCCCUCAGCCUUGCGAUCAUUCCAGGGGGGGUGGAGACGGGGGGUGGGCCUCCAUGUAGCAAACCCCCCACUCUGACCCCAGGUGUCAUCCUCUCCCUCCCCCCCAACAACUCACAGACCUCUUUCUGGUGCCUCCUGCCCCACAGACACCUCCAAGCAACCCCAGGUUACUGUUCCAACGCGUAGGGACCUGGACCCCUCCCCACCUCACCUUUGGGUGCUGUGCCUCCAACCCCCACCCCGCCCCCAGGAUCGGCCUUCCCUUGCUCCUUUUAAUCACUUUUACUCACAUUCCUGGUAUUUCGUUUGGUGGUUGAUUAUUAUUAUUUUUAAAAGCCCCCCUAAGGCAGGCCUGGCUCUUGUUUGCUUUACUUCCAGGAAGAGUGUGAGUGUGUGUGUGUGUUCUGCCACGUGGGUCGUUUUGGGUUAGCGAGCUCUAGCGCUGCAAACCCCUUCCGAGGUCAGCAAGUCCGAUGGAGAGAGGCUCCUUUUGUGCUGACCUGCAUGGGAGCUUCCUGCAUGUGGGAGUGCGUUGAGGGUUCCCCUCCCAUGACCAAAGAGGGGACCCUGCAGUGAGCGUAGGAGAAGGGGGUGCCCUCUCUGAGGGACCCCCUUGUUCUGUGGGGCAGUGCUUGGCUGGGCAGGAGGAAGGAUGGGGCAAGUGCAUGGGAGCCCUGGAAUGGGAACAGUCAAAGGCAGGAUCCACUAUCAACCUCUUAUUCCCAAACUUAUCCGCCUCCCCUUGUUCCCAGUGGACAGUCAAGAGGGGUCUCAGUGUUGCCGCGGGUCUCGUGUCCAUCCCUUCCAAGCUUAUUUCUAAGGGAGUCUCCCCAGCCCUGUGCUAAUCCUCAGCACCCCACAAGAUUCAGGCCAGUGUUUGCUUUGCACACCUGAAGGAAAUGGAGCCCAGUCAUGGGGGGGGGGGCGGACAAGCCUCUCUCUUUGGAAGGAGCUUUUGGCAGUGAGGACUGCAGUCCAGAGCACUCGCUUUAGACUCCCAUGCCCUCAGUAAUGACCCCCAUCCCCAUCUGUCCUGCUUGACCUUCUGGGGUGGCUGAUAGUCCCCAAUGUGGCUGGGGGUGGCUGCACUGGCUCCUUGGGCAUGGUCCUGGCCCACGUCUCCGUUUCCCCGGCCCCCCUCUCGAGAGAGAGACGCCUCCCCUCCCAUCCUCUGCAAUGAGAAGAAGCCCGUCCUCUGCCGGUUACAAGGAAAGAGCAGGCGCAAGAUGGCGGGGGGAGAGCGAGAGAGAGACUGGCUGCCAGGAAGGGAGAGGAGAGUCCGUUAGCCGGAGCAGCCUCUGGAAGGUGUUUAUGAUCAGCUGCUAAUUGCUAGGCUGGCUCUCCGGGGACUCUCCCUGGCGGCAGCCCAGAGAACUUCCAGUAAGAGCAAAAAUCAACAGCGUGUGUUGGACCAGGCUGUGCAGAGAGUGUUUUUGAUGGGAAGAGGUGGUUUGUGUCUGUCUGUGUGUGUUUGUGUUUGCCUGCCUGCCUGGGCGUGCGUCCGCUUCCCCAAGGCUCUGCAGAGAGUGGCAGAAAUUGCUUCUCCCACCCACUGCCUGCCACCCCAGAUUUAGCUGGUGUGUGUGUGUGCGCGCGCCAGCACUUUCUCUUCUCCCUCCCUGCAAGUGGGAGAGCUGUGUGGGUGGGGGGCAGCAGCCGGUCUAGCACAGUGGGCUUCCCUAGAGCGGGGAGUGGGUGUUCUAGAUGCAGGGCAGCCCCAGGCACAAGGCUGGGCCUUGCCUGACAGCGCCACCUCAGUGCUUUACAUUCAUCACCCACCCCUCUCCUAACUGCAGCCAUGGGGGCUUGGUCCUCAGGUCGAAGGGGGCGGAUGGGGCACUGGGGGGGCCUUGGGUGUUCAAAGCCAGCCAUGCUCAGAAGCCGCUUCUGCAGGCCACUCAGAAAUGUCCGUAGGGAGAGGAAAAGAAAGCGAUGUUUCCUUUGGGGUUGGGGAGUCUUCUUCUCUCUUGGUCUCUGCAGCAGCCAAGGGAAUUGGGGAGGGGUGGGCUUGGUUGGGGGGGUAUGCGCAAGCUCCCAUUCCUGGUUCUGACUCGGGGGGGGAGUGGGGGGGAGGCCCCUUGCAAAAUGCCCGGUCCCUCCCUCUGUGGGUCGCACCAUUUUGAACCCCUUGGGUUGCUCUAACGUCAAGUCUGCUUAUGACAUAACCUCACAAUGCCCGCCUGUCCUGUCCGAAUCCCUUGUGCGGCUUGCCUGCCCCCUUUCCCCGCCACCCUGUACAUGCUCGGCUGUAUAUAUCGGAGAGUAGUUUUUAUUCAGUUGUGAAUACAAUAAUACUAUUUUUGUUAACUGUAUGUCUGUAUUUAUGUGUGUUGACUGUGCUCUUCCCCUCCUCCCAGUUAACCUCAUUUUUCACAAACCGGCCAACGAGGAUGGGACGUGGCGGGGGCUGGGCAAGGGAGCGCAGGGGCCCCCCCACGUGGCAGCGGGAGCCUCCCCCCACCUCGCCCUCUCUGGCCCCUUUGAAUUAAAGCGUGAAUGUUGAACCUGGAGCUCGCCCGCCCAUCCCUCUUGUGUUCAGGCCCCACCUGCACCCCCUAUUAGGAGAAAGAGUUUGAUUUGAAGAUGAAAGUUCAGUUCCACCAAUAAAACUGUGGUGUUUGAA